AUGCCCGGUGGUGCAGGUCCUGCCGCCGUGAGCGGCGUCGACGCCUUGCGCGUCGAGGCCCCCGUCACUAUCAAGACUUAUCUGAUGUGUGCAUUCGCUGCCUUUGGUGGUAUCUUCUUCGGAUACGACUCUGGAUAUAUUGGCGGUGUCAUCGGUAUGGAUUACUUUAUCGAAACAUUCGAGCAUCUGGACAAAAACGCGAUCCCCGCCGCUCAGUUCGUCCUUCCCUCGUGGAAGAAAUCCCUCAUCGUCUCCAUCCUAUCUGCCGGAACAUUUCUUGGCGCACUGAUUGCUGGUGAUCUGGCAGACUGGUAUGGCCGUCGCACAACCAUUAUAUCAGGCUGCGGUAUUUUCAUUGUCGGUGUGAUUCUUCAAACUGCUUCUAGCAGCUUAGGUCUGCUAGUCGCUGGUCGUCUCAUCGCUGGAUUUGGUGUUGGCUUCGUGUCAGCCAUCAUCAUCCUCUAUAUGUCUGAGAUUGCACCCCGCAAAGUGCGUGGUACGAUUGUCUCAGGUUAUCAAUUCUGUGUCACUAUCGGCCUGAUGCUGGCAUCCUGUGUCGACUACGCCACUCAGGGGCGCACAGAUUCCGGCUCUUAUCGCAUUCCUAUUGCUCUCCAGCUCCUUUGGGCUAUCAUCCUCGCUUCUGGUCUCUUCUUCUUGCCUGAGUCCCCUCGUUUCUUCAUUCGCAAAGGCAACAAGGAGAAAGCUCGUCAGGUUCUGGCUCGCGUUCGCGGCCAGCCCAUGGACUCCGAAUACAUCACCCUCGAGUUGACCGAGAUUGACGCAAACUUUCAGUACGAGCAGCAGGUUAUCCCUGACGGUGGCUACUUUGCUAGCUGGAUGAACUGCUUCACUGGAAGUCUUUUCAAGUCCAACAGCAAUCUUCGCCGUACUAUCCUUGGUACCUCUCUUCAAAUGAUGCAACAGUGGACCGGUGUUAACUUCGUGUUCUACUUUGGCACCACUUUCUUCACGCAACUAGGCACGAUCUCGGACCCCUUCUUGAUCAGUAUGAUCACAACUAUCGUGAACGUGUGCUCAACUCCCAUUUCCUUCUAUAUUAUUGAGAAGUACGGUCGUCGCACUAUCCUCCUUUGGGGUGCGCUUGGUAUGGUUAUCUGUCAGUUCAUUGUUGCUAUCAUUGGUGUGACCGAUGGACAGAACAAUAGUGCAGUUAGCGCUAUGAUUGCAUUUAUUUGUAUCUAUGUUUUCUUCUUCGCCAUCACCUGGGGUCCUGGUGCUUGGGUCGUGAUCGGCGAGAUCUUUCCUCUGCCCAUCCGUUCUCGUGGUGUUGCCCUGUCUACUGCCUCCAACUGGCUCUGGAACUGCAUUAUCGCCGUCAUCACCCCAUAUCUGGUUGACGCUGACAAGGCCAACUUAGGCCCUAAGGUGUUCUUCCUCUGGGGUUCCCUUUGUGCCUGUUGCUUUGUCUACACCUACUUCCUCAUCCCCGAGACCAAGGGCCUAUCCCUGGAGCAGGUUGAUAAGAUGAUGGAGGAGACCAAUCCCCGCACCUCCGCAGGAUGGAAGCCCCACUCCACCUUCGCCGACGAGAUGGGUCUCACAAUUCACAACGACGAGAAGGUUGGUGUCGCACCCGAGGUCCACCAGGUGGAAGUCUAG